UCAGCUCUGUCGCAGACGUGACGUCAUCAGUGUUGGCGGUAUUUUGAAAAAGAAACGUCUGUUGUUGUUCGCGUCCUGGAUAAAAAAAGAGUGGUAUCUUCAAAUUAUGGGUGAAGUGAAGUCAGGCGCCCAGGCAGCAGCCGAGCUGUCAGAGGCUGCUCAGACUGAGCUGCUGGACCUGUGUGAGGAUCAGUUUGCUCAGCUGGAAAAGCUUCAGAAUGAGAUUAUACUGUGUGAACCAGACUUCUGUGAGGAUCCUCAAGAGCAGUCGGUUAAUCGACUGAUGGCAACAGAGGCUGAGCUGAAGCAGUGGCUGGCAGAGGAGCCGAACUUGCUGGCAACAAAUUCAGAAGUUUUACUUCAAGCUGGAAAAGAGGAGAUGCUCAAGCUGUGCUCUGAACUGGAGAUGGUUGUUUCUUGUCACGAAGCAAAGAGAGACAAACUGAGAGAAACUAAAGAACUUGAACAGAAGUGGUUGGAGGAGAAGGAACAGGUGCUGAUAGCUGCCGAUGACCAUGUGAGACGACUUCAAAUGGAAAAGGGGAAAUCAUCAGAGCACAGUGUAUUGCUGGACACCAAAGAGAAAAUCCAGAAAAUGAAGGUCUACCAGGAAAGGCUGAUGGAGUGUCUGGGGGAUGUUCUGGAGGAGCACGUCCCUCUCAUUCAGAAUGAAUCCAGCACAAGCAAGAAAAAGAAGAACGUUACCCAGGAGUUAGAUGAAGACCUGAUUUCACUUAAUGAAAUUCUUGAGCUGCUCAUGAACCAGGUCCUGACGACCCCACAUGACCCCUACGUGACAUUGAACAACACAUUCUGGCCACCAUACAUAGAGAUGCUGCUACGCUACGGCAUUGCAGUGAGGCACCAAGAGAAUAACUUCAAGAUCCGCUUGGAAACCUUUUGUUAAGGCAACGGGUGCAUUAGGCAUCUCAAGCACCACUUAUCUGCUAAUGCUUCUAAUUUGAGUCUGCCUGUAUAGUGCUAUCAUUGUGUAUAUUUAUGUAAGCUGAUAUGAGGAGUAGCUUUGCUGCGAGAGCUGUGAGGGCAGUGAUUUACUGUAGUGUGCAUUGUAAGAUAGUAUUUUGCCAAAUCAGGCUGCACUUAAGUAUUUUUUAAGAACUGUUUUGUAUGUACAACAUAACCAUGGGUCCUUUUUAAAAUGUCAACACUUAAAUUUAAGUAAUGAAAGUAUUUAAAUGUUAAGACAUACAUUUUGACUUUGAAUGUUAACUCACAUUAAUACUCAGUAGGGUUAAACGCAUGUUUGACACCCCUGAGCUACAUAUUUCAUUUCAUAGCUGUUUUCAAUGGCGGAGUUUAAUCAGCAAUGGGCUAUCUAUGUUUAUAUUUGUCUUUAAAUAUGUUUUCAUUUUUGUUCAGAUCCCUUAAAAGAUUACUUACUUUCUGAAUAUUUCACAUACCCCAGCAAUGUAAUGUAUAUAUGUCAGUUUGUUUAUUUGUUUGUAUAUAUUUUCUUGUUCAAUAAACUUGGU